AAGUUCAAACCCCACAUAACGAACACGCACCAUCUCCUGAACUGCAUCCAAAUUGAGAAAUGAGAGCUUGCGCCAAGCUUUGCCGGAGAAACCUGUGCCGUCUAUGGUGGAGCAGUAGACUGUACUGUACGGAAAAUAGCUCCAAAUUAAAAAUCUUUGACCGGAAUCUCAAACGCAGACAACGUGAUAGAGCUGCGUGGUUGAUGCGCCCAAAUGAUUCUUUGCUGGAUACGGUGGCAGAAAAUCUACUAGAUCGCUUGGAGGAUUGUAAAAGGACAUUUCCUACAGCAUUAUGCAUGGGGGGUUCAUUGGAAGCAAUUAUGCGUUCUAUACGUGGGCGUGGUGGCAUUGAAAAGCUAAUAAUGAUGGAUGCUUCAUAUGACAUGGUGAAGUUAUGUAAAGAAUCUGAACAGGAUUUGCCAAACAAAAAUGUUGAAACAUCAUUCAUUGUUGCCGAUGAAGAGUUUUUACCUGUAAACGAAUGUUCUUUGGAUCUGGUUAUUAGUAGCUUGGGACUUCAUUGGACAAAUGAUCUUCCUGGAGCCAUGAUACAGAGUAGAUUGGCUUUGAAGCCUGAUGGCCUAUUUUUGGCUGCUAUUUUCGGUGGAGAAACAUUAAAGGAGCUGAGAAUAGCAUGCACUGUAGCACAAAUGGAGCGUGAAGGGGGCAUCAGUCCACGGUUGUCACCCCUUGCACAAGUACGUGAUGCAGGCAACCUAUUGACUAGGGCAGGCUUCACUCUUCCUGGAGUUGACAUGGAUGAAUACACUGUGAGAUAUGAUAGUGCUCUGGAGCUGAUAGAGCAUCUUCGUGCAAUGGGUGAAACUAAUGCUCUAUUACAAAGCAGCAAAUUUUUGAAGAGAGAUACAGCCCUGGCAACUGCUGCCGUUUAUGAGUCCAUGUUUGCAGCAGAAGAUGGAACCAUCCCAGCAACAUUUCAGGUUAUAUACAUGACUGGAUGGAGGGAACAUCCUUCUCAACAGAAAGCUAAAGCGAGAGGAUCUGCUACAAUAUCAUUCAAGGACAUCCAAAAGGAAUUUGGUGAAGGAAGUUAGCACCAGCCAACAAGUGCAAGGUGGAGUUCACUUUUCUGUUCUUCUUAUCUUAUCUUUUCUUUUUUCGGUGGUGGGGGGCUUUACUUUUGUGGUUUUUCUCAAAUAAGGUUUUUUUACUUUCAUGAGUUGAUUGUAAGCUCUUAAUAUGUUGUUUAGGUGAUCCCAAAUUUGUUGACGUAUCCGUAGUCUGCGUAUGUGAGAAUCAUAAUUUUUUCUCAUGGAUUUAAUAAGAUAUUCAGGUUGUGUUAUGA